AUGAGAUUACCGAGGAAGUACUGUAGACCUCUAAAGCUUGUAAUUGUGGGCAUAUUUUAUAUGAUAUGUGUGUUCUUUAUGAAAACAAAAGUUAAUUACAGCACCAACAUUGACCAACGGAUGAACAAUAUAGUUGAGAGAAAAGAUCAGGUGAUUGACAGAAUCAUAACAACUGCAAAUAAUGUAAAGGGCUUGAGCCAAAUACUCCAUAUCAAGAACCCCAUGCAACAAGAGGAACAUAUUGAAAGUCACAGUUUUUGCCUUCCUGGAUAUUACACCCCUGCAGAGCUUGAGCCAUUAAUGGAGAGACCACCACAGGAUCCCAGUAGCCCUGGAGCUGAUGGAAGACCAUUUGAGAAAGAUCAAUGGACCCAAGAAGAGACAAAGCAGAAAGAGAAGGGAUAUGAAAAGCAUUCUUUCAAUAUGUUUGCAAGUGAAAAAAUCUCCCUUCACAGAGCCUUGGGGCCUGACACAAGACCACCAGAGUGCAUUGAACAAAAAUUCAAGCGUUGUCCACCACUUCCAUCCACCAGUGUAAUCAUUGUGUUUCAUAACGAGGCCUGGUCAACCCUGCUCCGGACAGUGUAUAGUGUUCUACAUACAUCACCCGCAAUAUUGCUAAAGGAAAUCAUUCUUGUGGAUGAUGCCAGUGAGGAAGAAUACUUGAAGGAGCCCUUGGAUAAUUAUGUGAAGUCUCUGCAGAUUGUCAAAGUUCUGAGACAGGUAGAACGAAAGGGCUUAAUCACUGCACGGUUGCUGGGUGCCAGUGUUGCCUUGGGAGAGGUUUUGACCUUCCUGGAUGCCCAUUGUGAAUGUUUUUAUGGCUGGUUGGAGCCUCUCUUGUCCAGAAUUGCUGAAGACCAAACUGCUGUUGUAAGUCCAGACAUCACUGAUAUUGACUUUAACAACUUUGCGUUUUACAAGCCAAUCCAACAUGGCAAGUCGUACUAUCGGGGGAUCUUUGAUUGGAGCCUUCAAUUUUGUUGGGAACGUAUCCCUGAACAUGAAAAAGCAAGAAGGAAAAAUGAGACAUACCCUAUUAAGACUCCUACAAUUGCUGGAGGUCUGUUUGCAAUCUCCAAGGCUUAUUUUGAGCACCUUGGAACUUAUGAUGACCAAAUGAGAAUCUGGGGUGGAGAAAACAUAGAAAUAUCUUUCAGGGUCUGGCAAUGUGGUGGACAGCUGGAAAUAAUACCCUGCUCUGUAGUGGGCCAUGUUUUUCGUAAGAAAAACCCUAAAAUGUUCCCUAUAAGUAAAUACACCGUAAUGAGAAACCAGAUCCGCCUUGCUGAGGUGUGGAUGGAUGAAUACAAGGAGAUUUUUUACCGCAGAUACCAAGAUGUGAUGAACAUUGUGAGAGAGAAAAGCUAUGGUGAUAUUUCUGGUCGAUUGAAAUUAAAAGAAAAUUUAAAAUGUAAGAACUUUUCAUGGUACCUGGAGAAUGUCUACCCGGAGCUUUUCAUACUUGAUCUGUCACCCCCAUAUUAUGGUGCACUUAAAAAUAAAGGAACGCAGAAUUGUCUGGAGACGUAUAAAGAUGCAAAAUUGGGAACACUUCUCAGAAUGAACAAAUGUCAUGGAUUGGGCUCUACGCAAUACUUUGAAUACACCACGAAUCAUGAAUUGCGGCAAAACACUGGCACGCUAUGUUUGCGUUCCAAAUAUAGCCCUGGUCUAGUGGAGGUUGGUGAAUGUCAUUAUAAAGGACGAGGGACAGCAGUGCCUGGAAAUGAAGAAUGGCAGCUGAUAAAGGAUACCUUACUCAUAAAUGUAGGUUCAAACAUGUGCCUAACAUCUCAAGGAGAGGCCCCGUCUACUGCACCAUGCAACUCAUCAGAUCUUCACCAGCAAUGGAGCUUCAGCAACACCACCCGAAAGGAGACAGCUGAUUCAGAAUAGGCAACUUUUACUGUUUAAUUUACUGAAUACUAGACAAUAACUAGUUAUUGAGUCAAGUAACCAGUGCCCGACAUCUAGCAU